GAUGAUGAUGAGGAGGAUGAUGAUGAUGAAGAUGAAGAAGAUGAAAGCGAAGAAUAUUAUGAUUCUAAUGAGGACGAGGACGACGAUGAGAAUAUGCUGGAAAAUGAUGACAAGAAAAAUGUAAAUCCUAAUGAGGACACUGGUGCUAAAGAUGCUAACAACGUGUCAGAAGAUAAAGACAGCGGUGAUGACGACGACGAUGACGAAGAUGAAAGCGAAGAGUAUUAUGACGAUUGGUAUGACGAAUUCGACGACUCUGUGUACGACGCUUUCGAUGAGGACGAAAGCGAGGAGGAGCAGGAUCCUGACGAGAAAUACGACAUCACCGAGCACGAUAAUGGAGACAUCACGAUCUCCCCCAUUCCCAAAGGACAGUUUGGAAGAGGUAACACAAGGUCUCCUGCCGCUCCCGUGAAAUCGACCGUAUCUCCUCCUUUUAAGAAAAGCCAAAAGGUUCCCAGUAUUGACAAGAUGCCUCUUGAGGCGGACGAGGCUGCUUCUCACGCUGACAAGUCUCACUACAGCCAAGGAGUUAUUUACGACCCGGAUUACCCGCAGAUGAAGACCAAGCCGUCUGUGAAGAAAGACCUGUCAGGCCCGGCCGCCAAGCGAAAGUCUUUCACUAAUAACGGAGAUAAUCACGCGGAAGACUCCCCCAGCAACAGCGAUAAAAAGGAGAAAAAGAAGAAGAACAGGAAGAAGGAAAAGAAGAAUCAAGUGCAAGACCAGGAGCUGCCGAUGUGGCCGGAAUCUGGGUACGGCGAGCCUCCUUACGGGAGUGUGGAGGAGCUGAAGGCUGCUCACGCCAAGGCGAAGAAGACAGAAGACUCUGUUAAGGAGGAGAUUCCAUCCGUGAAGAAGGCGAAACAAUCGGAGGAUCGCGAGAAGCAGCAGGGGAUCCUCGGCGGGCUAAAGAACAAGGAGGCUAAAGAGGCCAGCGUGACGGGUCACUUCGGCUCUCUGGACCAGCACGUCAACACAGAGUCGGCCGUGUCCACCAGCCCCAACCCACCUCCCCCCGGCGCGGGCGGCCAGCAGCGACCUCUGACUUCCACCACGAUUGGCUACUGGACGGACAUCAUGAUGGGGGACCAGCCGGUGCUCGUGGACGACUCUGUGGACUCUGAGGAGGACGUGGACGAGGAAGGCUUCGUCCAGUCUCACCCGAUAGAAUUCUGCAAGUAUGACAUCGAGUGCCCAGCAGGUCGCACGUGCGUCCACAGCGUGUGCAAGUGCUUCAAGCCGUCCAUGUGUGCGGGUCACCACAAGCCAGUGUGUGGCUCAGAUGGGGUCCAGUACCCAUCUCACUGUGAGCUGCACCGAACCGCCUGUGUCACCCGGGCUCACAUCCGGAUUGACCGCCGAGGUCUGUGUUUCAAGAAAGACCUCCAAGUGAAAGAGAAAAGCUGGCUUAUGGAACAGGAGGAACUCUUGGCAGAAGACAAGAAGAAAGAAGAGGAAAAAAUCAAAGAGGAGGACCACAUCCCAGCUCAAGAAAUCUAUGAGUAUCCCCAGGACCUCAAGUCAGGGUUUAAGACAUCAGAUGUGAAGAAGUCUUACGGCACAGUUCAACCAAAUGAGCCCAGCAAAGAGACAACAGCUGAGAACAAAGAGGAAGAGAAGAAAAAGGAGACCACAAAGACAGAAGUAGGAAAGAAGGAAUGCACAUGGAAAGAAAUGGCCAAGUUCAAGGACGCUUUGCUAAUGUACCACUGUGAGAAGUUUGUGGAGCCCAACUGUAACAUGGAGGUCAAGACUGACCGCCAGUAUUUGUCCAUGCUGAUGUUCAGCUACUACGAUCACGACUUUGACUUCUUCCUGACGGCCGAGGAGCUGGACGAUAAAGAGCGCGACGAACACUUCAGCAGGAAGAUCAUCAUCAACUGCCAUCUCAGAGACUUUGUAAAAUUUGCUGACAACAGCGAGGUGGACGGGAAGCUCACAGUCACAGAGUUCACAGACUCAUUUGAACUUGAGGAGCCGGCUGUGUUGGAUCAGAUCCCCGUGAGUGUGAUCCCCACCUUGGCAUCAGCAGGCAACGGCCUUGAGCUCAAGUGUGGCGUGGAUGCAAAACAGGUGGUGUGGAAACGUUACGGGACACAGUUGACAGAUGACACACGCGGUCAUCAAUUGAUGGUGUUUGAGGACGGAGCUCUGUUCUUCAGCAAAGUCGGCCUCCACCACAUCGGCAACUACACAUGCAUGGACGCCGAGGACUCGGCAAAGGCACAGGUGCACCAGCUGAGAGUACAGACUGCUCCUAUUGUCCACGUGAGCCCGGUGACACAGACCCACCUGACAGGCUCCGACAUUGAGCUGCACUGUCACGCUGAGGGGAUCCCUGAGCCCAGCAUCUCAUGGAGGCAAGGGGAGCAGGUCAUUGAGAACAAUGGGCAUUCCACCAUCUACUACGGUGGCGGUCACAUCGCGAUCCACAACGCCCACUACGACAGCGAUGCUGGUACGUACACUUGCACUGCCCACAACCAGGCCGGCACCACCGAGAAGUCCGUCUCUGUCACCGUCCUUCCUCCUUACACAACCUCACACAAGGUCUCGGCCAGAGAUGAGGGCACGUUCGUCGUGUUCCACCCGAAGGGCGUGUCCUCGUACAACCCACUCAUGUGUAUCACUCGCCACAACGUGCACCCCGACUUUGGAGACUUCAAGUUCAUCCCAGACGCCCUGGACGAGCCACUUAGCCUGUGCCGCACCGGCAAGGAUUGUCAGUGGGGCGGGGCUGUUAAGGUCGGCGCUGAUUUCAUCUACGCCACACAGCCUGACCAGAGCCGGGUUGUCAUUGUGGAUGCUGGGAACACAUGGAACCCACUGCAGGUGAUCGGCACAGAUGAGCGUCCCCAGCACCUGUGGUACGUGUCUCAUCUGGACCAGGUGUGGGUGCUGUGUGGAGGAGACAGCGGACGCACCAUCGUGGUCAUCCGAGAUGCCAGCCAGCACAUCCAGCACCGGUCUGUGCACACCAGGCCUGUUGGGAACCACUUUGACUUGGUGGAGAAUCUGUUUAUCGCUCCUCCAAACGACCUUGACCAUGACUUUGACUACGGCUACGUAUCACACGCGGGUCAAAGCAGCCUGUUCAAGCUGAGUCUGGAGGACAUGGGCAACACCAAAUCCAUCGACCUCUCCAACUAUGGCUGUGUCCCCCGCAGUCUGGCCUUUGUGCCUGUUGGCGGCCACAUCGUGAUCCAGUGUGUGUCUGCAGCUGACCAGCACACCCUGCAGUUGGUCAUGGACCACUUGACCGACACCAUCAUCUCCACCGUGUCCCUGGCCGGCCGCCCGAUGGUCUCCCCUGACUCCCGCCACCUGAUCACCGUGGAUGAGUUUACUGGGAAGGUUGUCGUAGCAUCCAUCUCUGAGGAAGGUGUGAUGGAGAGAACCUACGAGGUGACUGUGAGCGCCAGCAUCAGUGAUGUAGCAUUCCUGCCCUCCACCUCGCACCACGGCUAUGACCUUGUCCUGACCUCUGCUGAUGACGAUGACAUCAUCAUCAUGAACUUGGUCACAGGCAAAGUGGAGAAGAUGCCAGGUUCUCAGUACACUGACCCAUCCGGCGUGUGGCACCCGUCCCCUGUACAUAGACAUAUCGUCAGCGGCAACGCCAUGAGCAGCUACUUCAUGGCGCCCUCUAAGUCUUCUCUUGCCAUCCUCAACGCUAAAUUCAGACAGGUUGAGUGUGAAUUCCGUGACUCAACAGGCAGUGAUGUGAUGGUCUACAUUCCCAGCAAGAGGACAAGCUAAUGCUUCUCAUACUUCACCGUUUUCUUUUUGUUUUGAUUUUUUUUUCUGUGCAUGUAUUCUAUGAGUAUCGUUGAAUUUCUUUGUCUGUGUAACAAGUUUUAACAAAAUUGUUCCAAGAUCUUGAUGCACAGAAAUUCAUCAUUUGUUCUUUGCAUAAUAAGUUUCUUCAAGAGAUUGAGAUGGGUUCAAAAGGACUUUGAAAAUCAGCAUGGAAUAAGGAUAAUAUUGUGUCAAAGACAAGACACGGUCACCAGAAAUUCCUCCAAAUGAGUAGGUUGGAAAAGAAACUACGCUUUGUGACGUAAAUGUGGAACUGCUGAAUAUGAAUAAAUAUUCGCCAUUUUCUAAUUCCUUUGAUUGAGCCCGGGAGACAAGAGUACUCAUGUAAGGCCAUCCGUUUUCAGUCUAAGAUGUAUCCUGUAGUACCUCUCUCCCCAGAGAUGUCAAAUACAUCAAGAUGUUCCCUGCCACUCAGACAAGUACAACCCGUUAUUGAAAGUUCUAAAGAAUGGCUAUCCUGCUGUUGUGGAGUUCUCAGCUCAUGAAUGAUCACAUCGUCAUCAGAGCUGUUCUGUGUGUAUUGUUUGUAUCUUUCACCUGGAUUGUGUUUCUAUUAUAAUAUUUUACACUGAAGAGUUUCGCUGGGCACUGUGUGUGUCUCUGGCCCCAUGUUGUGAAGUGUGAGCUAAAUUAUGACUGCUCUGUGUCUUCUAUCAGAAAUAUUUUGAUGAUGAAGUCAAGUUCCUUUCAUGCUCCACCAUCAGAGUUUUUUGCUGUUCUGAACUCUUGUGAUGCAGAAAGAGCAGGAGGAUGAUGCAUUUUACUGUCAUUGUGACCUGUUGUCUGUGAAUGAUUUAUGCUGAUAUGAAUGGAAAGUCGCACUGACUUUGAUUGCAAGAUUGUGUGUUGGUAAGCUUGCUUUUUGCUUAUGGAUGCAUUUCAUCUGUCAUUUGCAGUCUUCAUAUUAUGAAAUGGAUGGCAGGUUAUUUUUGUAAAUGUGCCAUCAUUGAUCAUUUAUUUAUGCCAGUUGGAUUUAAUCAGCUUUAAGGAUUAGUUACAUUAUAAGUGUGAGGAACUGUAAGGUGGGCUUUGCACCAGCUAUCUGAUCUAUCUUUACUUAUUUGUUCUAUUUUUCCCCCCCUUGAGAUUUCUGAUAAGAUAAGUGUUUAUUGUGCAAGCACACAUGUUUCUGUUUUGCUCUAUGGUUUGUUUGUGUACAUGUUAAGAGUUCGCCAGUGAUCCGUAAACUUUGGGGUUUUUUUUAACAAGUUGAAAUUUAUGGAGGUUUUGUUUCUUUCAUUGAUUCCUUUCAUCCUUUAUGUCAUGUGUGUGUCUAUCCGUAGGUCAGUUACACUUAUACACACACACACACACACACACACACACACAUACACAUUUUUGUAGCAUAUCUUGUCCUGUUUGCCUUCACGCCCCAUAUCGGUGUGCUUCUCUCUGCUGCGUUCACUGACAAGUGUGCCAAGCACAUUGUGUGCUGGCUGCUGUGUUCUGUGCUCCUUCUUGUGAUCAGAUAGUCUGUAGUUUGGAUAGGCCAGGGGGAAAAAAACAACAACUUGUAGAUUGUUUCCUACUCUUCCUCCUUCUCCUCCUCUACUUUUUGUUUACCAGCAUGGGUGGAGCUUCUUGUGGCGGAUUUCUUUCACUGUGUCGGUUUUUAUCCCACUCCCGUGAAUUACAUCCAAACUAUGUGCCUUUAUUUGGAGACACAUUUGAAAGGAUAGCUACCAUGAUGUGCCAUGCAUAUCACCCAGACCAUGGAAUUAGCUUAUGUGGCUCAGUUGUUUUGUCCUGCACACUCUCCUGUGUGCUGUGUAAGUAAGAACUGUAUCCAAAAUUCAGUUUCAGGUUCACUUUGAACUGAAACGUUUUUGACUUCGGCCAUGUACGGCCCACUUUUCUGAUAAAAUUGUACAAGGAAUUGUUGGUUUUCUGUUCAAUUAUAUGAUAUAAGCAUUUAAUAUUCUCUGUGUAAAAGUGAAACCCAAAAUGAGUCAACUUCUCAGAAAUUGUUUAUCUUGCUACUUGCUCUUUGAAGAAAGGUCCCCAAUCUUCAUUGUUGGUUGGUAAUGAUGCCCUCAAAAUUCCAACUUGAGCCCGGUCUCUAAGUGAAUGCGUGGGAUAUUAUGAGAGCAAUCAGCUCUUGUACAUAGCAGUCUCUAUCUUUAGGGAAUUCUCAAUUUCCUCUGUUGACUUGUGCGUCUCGUCGAUCAUUUCUGUCUUGUGUGAGAUUUUAGCUGUUUUAGUUCUGAUCUGUUCCCAAACUAUAAAGUUCAUAUAAUGCUGGCUGAUCACUGUUAUCCCAGAUGUGAAGUGUAAGACAAGAUCUGUUCGUAUAUCUCUCGUGGCAUUUUGAUCAGUCUGCUUUGUUGUCAAUCUAUGUCACUGUUGAUUUUACUGAUUUGUGUUUUGAUUUAUCUCUCAGUUACUUUGUCUUGUUGCAUGCAAGGAGCUAUUUGAUAACUCCCCACAUACCUUUAGAUAUUAACCUGCUGGAUUUAUUGUUUUAUUCCGCUUUCCCAGUACAUCUCUACAGGAAAACUGCAUUUUUUUGUCCCACCCGCCCACCAUGUGUAUAACAAAAACACUUGUACUCCGAUGAAACCAACGUUGAGCGGUUCUUUGAAGGAAGCGCAAUUCUUUCUUUUUUUCAGUUUUACUGAAUGCUCUUCUUUUCAUUAGUCUCACUCAGAAAUGAAGCCACUCUUACCAACUUAGUUUUUUCCCUCAUAGAAUUCAGCAAUGGUUUUUAAUUCGACUUUGAAAUGACCUAUUCAGUGUCUUGUGAGGCUCUAAAGUCUUGUAAAAACAAUUGAGAUUUAUUGUGUUCUUUGUCUGCUUCCUUGCUUCACUUAGCUUAAGAUCCGUUUUGAAGGAAUUGUUAUUAAUGCACUUGAAGUUUGACUCACAGGAUUUGUAAUAACUUUUUUGCAUAUUUCAGAUCUCAUUGCAUCAUACUACAUGUAUGACAAUUGUCAUUGCAUCCAUAAUUAUUGAACUGCUUGAGCUAUCAUCAUACCCAAGCCGUUUUUGAUUUACCAUGUGCUUAUUCCUCCCUCUAUUCCUCAUUUCAUAAUUUUCCUCUUUUGUUUUGUGAACAGAGUCUACCGUUCCUUCAUUCCUUUAUAUUGACGUUUUCUCAUCGUCAUAAAUUCCUGACGACCCUCACCACUAACUGUUAAUUUUCGCAGACAUUCCUUCAACCCGUGCACAUGUACAAUUUCCUGCGCUUGAUUAAUCAUCUUUCAUUUGUGAUUUUUAUAAGCAAUGUUAUUUUGAAACUCAUAUUGCUUUUUUAGCUCCUCUGUUAAUUGUAGAUCUUUCUUUAGACCAUAGGAGUGUACCUAGCGUUUUAAAAGUACAACAGGCAAUGACUGUACAAUAUGUGAUAUACGCUCUCCUUACUUGUGUGAAGAUCACAUACUUUCUGUGAUUAUAUUAUAUUUGUUUUACUUCUAUUCUGUUGCACCAAUACGGGGUUUGUGGUAGACAAAUGUUGUUCAUAAUUUAUUUCAACAAUCUAAUAAAAAAGAAAAUUAUCGGUCACUUUUGCAGAUAAUUUGCUUCGGUCAUGUAUGUAAGUUGUUCCUUCCCAGAGUUUUUGGUCUUUUCAAAUGUAGAUGGGCUGCAAAUAAGUUCUUGCACAAUGAAGAUUUGCAUGAGUUUCGAAUUAUGUUUUUAAUUCUGGGACAAUAGGCCUAUUUGAAUUGAUUCUUAUGAGAAUAUAAUGUUUAUGGACUUUGGGUGGAUAAAAUUCUUUUUAUUUACUUCUAUAGCUGUCUUCAGAUGGGCUAAUCAUUAUCUUGAGUGUGCGUAGGUGUUCUCUGUGAAUAAAGAGUUGAUGAUCUUUCUACAAUAGAAUUUUUAUGUGUAUAAACCUUUUCAGGAAUUUGUGAGCUGUGUUAACUUUACAAGAAAUGUUUUGAAAGAAAUGAAUAUUUUUUCAUCUGGAAUUUGUUACUGGCUUUUCGCUACUUUGCUGUAACGUUCUCAUUUUGCCCAGUGUUGUAACUAUUCGAUGUUAGUGUUUAUUAAUAAAACUACAUGUUUUGGAC